AGAUAAACCCUUGAUCGGAAAGAAGAAGACGUACCGUAGAAGAAUAUAAACUGUGGUCAAUUGGUCGAACGAUUGGUGGUCAAUUGGUUUUGCCGUCCCGUAAAUGCGGAUGUGUGUUGUAUUAACAACGAUUAUUGUGCAAGUACCGAGUACUUGUCGAAACACGAAAUCUGAAGGUCGAUAAUCGUCCGUUGCUUCGGAGAGUGGUGUAAGUUAACGGUCCCUUGGUGCUUUCGUCAUGCUGUCAAAAUUGAUGAGGAAGACAGAGUUGACGGGAGAUGCUCACUGAUAUGGAGAUUGUCGAGAAUCCCCUGGUUCGCGGGCCACCUCUACUUGAAAGGCUUCCCGGAAGUUUUCGCACGAGGGACACGCGAAAAACUACGAGUCGUUGGGCAACGAUCGGCUGACCUGUCGGCUUCCUGAAAAUUUAACGUCGGUAUCAUCUGAUCCCCCAAUACUCAUUGCUCCUGUACCCGUCGUCUCGGUCCUCGGAGGAUACCGCAACACGUAUCGAGACCAGUGGUAUCCUCGCAGUACGAGGUCAACUAUUUCACGAUGGCCUCGACGUCCAAGACCUCGGCCCAUGUAUUAAUGAACAAAGGCAAACAUUUCACAGCUGCUUAUAUUUAUGCAGAAUGCAGCAAACCAACCCUUGACACUGGUGAUCCACAGCAUCUCAAUGAGUUGCUGGAUAUACUAUUGAAUCCUGGCAAAGCCAUUGAUGAUUGGGAUACCAUCGACUGGUGUAAGUGGUUGAUGGCUGGUGGACAUACACCAGAUGAAUUUGCUAAUACAGUGAGGAUGUACGAUAAUGCUACAACAUGUGGACUCGUUUGGACACCAAAUUUUGUGGCAUAUCGUUGUCGUACAUGCAGUAUAUCACCAUGUAUGUCUCUCUGCACGGAAUGCUUUAAGAAAGGCAAUCAUUUUCGCCAUGACUUUAAUAUGUUUCUUAGUCAAGCUGGAGGAGCAUGUGAUUGCGGUGAUCCAUUUGUUAUGAAGGAAGAAGGAUUCUGCGACAGACAUGGUCCAAAAGCUGCAGUUUGUAAAUCGGCUGCUCCUACAGAUUUGUUGUGUGUGGCAGAUGCAAUGAUGCCAAGAAUUAUCCUUCGUCUUAUCCAACAUUUACGUGAAAAUUGUAAACUACGUGGUCCAGACUAUAGAGAUGCCAUCAAAGAUGCAGAUGGAUAUUUAACUAUGCUCCUUGAUUUUAACAAAAUGGGUACAUUGAUGAGACAAGUCAUGACAUCAGCACUUACCAAUCCACAAAAAUAUAAAUGUUUCAUGGAUCCAUCUGUCUCAACUGGCCAGCCAGAAUACGAUCUUUAUUGUCAAGAUAGCAAUUACAUAUAUCAAAAUGCAGUAAAGUCUUUGCCAAACCCAGAACCUCCUUAUGAAUACAAAGAAUGUGCAUCGUUGCAAGAAUAUUUAGAGCAUACUACUUUCUUGGAAGAAUUAAUGUUUUGGACAGUUGUUUAUGAAUUUCCACAACAAUUAGUUUGUCUGUUGCUGAACAUGUUACCAGAUCCAGAUUAUAAGGAAGCACUCACUCGUGCAUUCGUGUUACAUUAUAGUAGAAUUUCGAUGAUGCUCGAACGCUCAUCAGAUCCUGAUACUUUAAGUAACAGAAUAGUCCACGUUAGUGUGCAGCUUUUCAGCAAUGAAAGUCUAGCAUUGAGAAUGGUCGAUCAACUGAAUUUAUUGCACGUAAUGGUUAUCAGUUUAAAGUACAUGAUGAGUAAAAUUCUGAUUCAGAAUACUUUACAUGAUCCAGAUAAAAAUUUUCAUUAUGUAGUAGACUGCGGACGACAAGUAAUGAAAGAACAUUGUUACUGGCCCUUGGUGUCAGAUUUGAAUAAUGUUCUUUCACAUAAGCCCGUUGCUGAUCGAUUUAUGAGUGACGAUACACUUUUGGAAAUGUGGUUUCAUUUCCUAUCUAUGUUUCAAGGAAUGAACGUAAAUCUGCGAGAAUGUCGUGGACACAUCGAAUUCGAACCGAAUACAUAUUAUGCAGCAUUCAGUGCUGAAUUGGAAGCCAGCGCAUAUCCAAUGUGGGCUUUGGUCUCUCAUUUGAGCGGACCUGAGAGUGCACCACUCAGUCGAAGAGUGCUCAGCUAUUGUCUCAUGGCACUACAAGAUUGGUUAGAUGCUGUUAAUUACACCCAUCCAAACGAUAGCGAUAGCUCACAGGUGUCGUUUCACCUUCCGCUACAUCGAUAUUUUGCAGUGUUUAUGUGUCAAGCGGUUCGUCAACAAGGAGCCGUACUUAAUAAUUUACUACCUCCUACUGACAUGUUACACCUUCUAAUGAUGCACCCUCUGCGUGUGCAGGUUGCUUUUUAUGAAAUCUGGAAUGGUUUAUGGGUUCGUAAUGGACUUCAAAUAAAAGGACAAGCGAUGACUUAUAUACAAUGCAAUUUUUGCAAUUCAAUGGUGGAUGCUGAUCUCUAUCUGCUGCAAGUGUGUGCAACCAAAUUGCAACCCGAUGUCUUUAUGAAAACUGUUAUUGAAAAGUUUCAUGUGAAGGAAUGGAUGAGUCUUUGUUUGUAUCAUACACGUCAAAAUGAAUAUAAAGAAGGAGAGAAAGAUACUCCUAUGUUAGAGAGCUGUUUAACAUUCUUAGCUACCUUAGUAAACAUUCGAACAAACUUAGGUUUACCAGAUACUGAAAUGUCAGGUUUAGAAAUGGUUACCUUGCUAUGUAUGGGAGACAAGACUCACAGUCAAUUAAUGGAGUUAAUGCCAGAGCGUUGUGGAACUACACAAAAUAGGGACUUUGAAUCUGUUUUGGCUGAUAUAGCACAAUACAAGGCUCCCAAUCUUGAAGCUAGUGGAAAUAUGCAACAGGGAAUGUAUGGUCCAAAACCACAUGUGUGGGAUGAAUUAUUUGAUCCUCUACAUGUUUUAUUAAGAGCAGUGCACAGGAAAGAUUUUCAGAUAUCAAUGGAUCGUUUCACUGAAUAUGUGAAGCAAUCUGGAAAACUGAAAAAUAGUGCUACACCAUGGCCACCAUUUAGACAUCCGGCUCCUGUAUCAUUUGAUUACGACGAUCCACGGCUUGUAUUACGUACUAGAGUUUUCCAUGCCACGAUUUUAAUAAUCCUUUACAAGACUGUAUAUGGUCAUAGCAUAUCAGAACACGUAAUGGCAUUGACUAUUUACCUAUUAGAAAUGGCAGUAAUUACAGCUGAAAUACCUGACAAAACUACGAAUCGUCUGUGUCACUAUACCAGUGAUGGAACAUCUCGUGUGAUAAAGGACAUGGAUCUGGAUAGUUUUUAUGCAACUGACAAUUUGUCUGAAAAUUUGAGGACUGUGGUACCACGAGUAAUGAACAUGCAAGAAUCAGAGUCAGAAAGUUCUGAAAGCGAACUAGAGUAUGAUGUUCAAGAUGAAAUGACUGAUGUUGCAGCUUCGCGUAUGUUAAAUGAUGGAGCAGAUGAAAGAUGCUUUGAAACUCGAAGUCUACCAUCACCACCUUCUUUACCAGCCUUACCAGCAACAGAUGCCCAAGUUCAUAUGACUAUUGUACCUGAAGAUGGAAUUGUUGCUAUAUCAGAUGUUAACAAUGAAGAUGAUAUAAUACCUCCGCAAAGAGCUUUGCCAUCAUCCAUUGAAGGGUCCAUGACCCUUGCCCUUGAACCACCUCCUUCACCAAACAAUAUGGUCGGUGGUCGACCAGCAUUGCCACCAGCACCUCAACGUCCCGCUGUUAUGGCUGGUAAUGAAAUAAGAAUUUAUACAUCUCCUGGUAUGACUGUCGAAAUUGUUCCAUCAACAUCAAAUUCUCAUAAGCAUGUGCAACGAAGAGAACCUUUGAGAGGACAACCGAAAGCAGUAAAAAUAGGAGAAAGCAUAAUUUCUUUAUUAUUAAAAUUACACUCACAAUUAUCGGGUGUACCGGAUAGUUACAGUCUCGAGCAGUGUACAAUGUCCGAUAACGAAGCUAGUAGUAGUUCAGCAACCUCACCAAAGGAGUCAAGGAUCGGUGAUGGACCGUUCUUCAUCUCACAGCUACUUAAUAAAAUAGCGAACUUAGAUCCUAUGUGCAAGGAGGCUAUUAUUGAAACUAAAAACAAGUUAUGGCCGCUUACGCAGGCUUGUGAGGAUGAACAAAGGGAGAAAGAACGCCGCGAAAAAGAAGAAAGACGAAGGAGAGCAAAGGAGAGGCAACAGAAGGUGAUGGCCGAAUUUGCCAACAAACAAAAGCAGUUCAUGGAGAAGGCACUGAAAACAGACGAAGGAGAUGGAAUAUUUAGUAUGGAUGGAAUCGAAGAGGACAAUGCAAACAAAUUGACGAAUAAAAAAGAAUACGAUUGUGUAAUUUGUAAUCAAACUACUCCCACCAGCGAGGAUGCGCCAAUGGGCCUCAUUGUAUUAAUUCAGUCGACAAGCGUUCUCAGUCAUGCACGGCGGCAAUCAGAACGACCAGUUUUACGCACUUCAGAUGACGAUCCGCCUACAGAACAUGGUGAUACUCGUAGCGAACAUUGGGCCCGUAGAAUGGACGACAUAAACCACCUUUUCGCUUUUAACACAUGGGUGUUGACUGUCGAUUGGUGCAAGGAUGACGGUGUCCAUGUUCAGACGUGCGGCCAUCAUUUACAUCUGGACUGCUUAAAGUCGUAUUUACAGUCUCUUCGUAAUCAUCAAAGACAACAGAAUAUUGCUGUAGAAAGAGGCGAAUAUCUGUGUCCGCUUUGCAGGCAAUUAGCUAAUUCUGUCCUUCCACUUUCCCCGCAAUUGGGAGAGUGUGCAGCAGUGGUGCAGUCACAUCACGCAUCGACUGCUACAAUACUCUUAGAGUUAAAUAAUCUGUUGAAAGAAGUACAACAAAAUCCUCUUCGGUCGAAUUUGUCUGUAGCAAUGGUAAAAUCCAUGGACGACAUGACGAACUGCUCAAGCAACAAGGAUGGACAUUUCUCUUCUUUAUCUCCUAGUCACCAAAACUUGUUCUUUUUCGUAACUUCUAUAGCUCGGACUAACUUCGAAAUUGAACUUAUCCAACGCGGUGGAUCAUUAUGCGUUCAAUCACCUACUACAAUACCUCAAACACCAAAACGUGACUGCAUUGUUGCACUUCUUCAUGUUCUGGCGAUGCAUGCAAGAGUAUUGACGUCGUGGCCAGUGCAUCCCAUUUGGCAGCAACUGGCUGGAAUACCUGCCGAACCAGUAGCUUCACUUGCCGUGAGGCCACACGAGAGAGAAGUUCCAUUGCUUCUCUUUCAUCCAACUGCUCUCCUAAUACAAUUCAUAUUGUUACUUCCUCUCCACUUAGAUCAGACGUACUUCUCUACUGUAGUAAAAGUUCUCUACAACUUGUUGUACUACCAAGUGGUACUUCAAAUCAGUUGUGGCCUCUCGCCAGCGGGAAGAAACGCGAUUUUAAGGAGAGACCAGACCUUGGACCGUAAUUCCACGUCUUUAGAGAAUAUACUGUACAGAGUCAUCGAAUACUUUAAUGGUACUUUAUUGUAUGGUUCAGACCACGUGCACAAACCAUUGACACCAGCAUGCGUUAGGGUGAACAUGCAUAAGAUUGAACAACAGAUACAAUCGCUGUGCUUACCAUUCUUGCGAGUAGCAGCACUGCUUCGCUACCAUUUAUAUGAACAACCCUUACCCCUAGUUAGUACACCAGAGACUGAGUUCGUGAGAUUAGUUUAUUAUUUGGAAUUAGUAUCGGAGGGUAUGGAUUGGAAUAUAUUCAAUUCGACGGUAGCUUUGAACUGGCAGAACAGUGAGGCUAGUGUUGCGGUGCCCCGACAAUGGUGUGAUCAGUGCCUCGAGAUUGUAAAUCGAAACUUCAUCGCGAGAUGCCUGAUAAUGGAGCAACACAUAUCGUGGCAAACACCCAAGUUACUCAGUCUUCCAAGGGAAUAUGAAAAGUUGUUUUCGUAUUACCAUGAACGACAAUGUUGGCAGUGUAACUCGGUUCCACGAGAGAUUAGUAUUUGCCUGAUAUGUGGCACAAUUGUUUGUUUGAAACAAAGCUGCUGUAAGCAGAAGAACGUCUGUGAAGCUGUCCAACAUUCAGUCCAAUGUGGAACUGGUACUGGAAUAUAUUUGGUGGUCACGUCAACUUAUAUUGUUGUGAUAAGAGGUCGGCGUGCUUGUUUGUGGGGAUCUUUGUAUCUUGACGACUUCGAAGAGGAAGAUAAAGAUCUAAAACGGGGGAAACCUUUGUAUCUGAGUCAAGAUAGAUACCAAUUGUUGGAACAGCAAUGGUUGACGCAUAGGUUCGAUCACACGAAAAAAGCAUGGGUAUGGCAUCGCGAUGCGCUGUGACCUUUCUUACGCGUCCCAAGGCGCUAAUUUUCUUCAACGGGUUGAAGAACUUCAACUGGUUUUCUCCCAUACAAUGCUUUGCCAAGAAAUAACAGCGCUUUAAGAAUUAACGGAUAGCUCGAAUACUGUACGGAUAUUAUAUUUAUUAUGAUGCAAGUAAGUAGAUAUAAUAAUUGAAUGAAAGUAUUAUAAA